AUGGUCAGCACAAGCAAGUGCUCGAGUGAUCCUGCUGCUGCUUUAUCUUUCAUGUUUGCUUCUGAAGGCCCAAUAAAGAACAGUGAGGAGGUGCUGUUGCCUCCAGCAGCAGCAGCACCAGCAGGCAGCAGCAGCUGCAGCAGCAGCUGCUGCUGCAGCAGAGCUUGGCGCUUCUUUCGCUGCAGGUGCUGCGGUGUCUUGACGCAUGCAGCUGCUGCUGACUCCGCGGGCCCUUCUGUUGCUCUUUUCAUCGGCUUCGAGUGUAUGGACAGCAAGCGCAGCGCAGCAGCAGCAGCAGCAGCAGCAGAGGCGGCACCGUCAGCUGCUGCUCCUGCUGCUGCCGCUGGUGCUGUCGCCGAGGUGGAAAACAAAAGCGGUUGCUGCUACUUGGAGCAAGAAAGAAGCCGCCGUAGCAGCAGCAGCAGCACUAGCAGCAGCAGCAGCAGCAGCAGCGGCAGCAGCAGCAGCAGUUCGUCGGCUGAAGAAUGUGAGGGGAUCUACAGCCCUAAAUGGGGCCGAGUGUUUCUGGGAGAGGCAUUUGUUGCAGCAGAUAAAGAGAAGAAAGGUGGGGACAAGCACAGGCGCCGCAGCAGCAAACUGCAGCAACAGCAGCAGCUGCAGCAGCUGCAGCAGCUGCACCUGCUGCAGACACAGCAGCCGCAGCAGCAGCUGCUGCAGCAGCCGCAGCAAAACCACGCCAAGAAGCUGCCGUUUCGGCUGCUGCGCCACCGGAAAGUCCUUUCGCUUUGUCUUGCUGAUUUAUUAUUUCCCAAGCAGCAGCAGCAGCAGCAAACAUAUUUGGUUAAGCUGACAGACAUGCAGCAGCAGCAGCAGCAACUGCUGCAUUAG